UUUCACACUUUGAAUCCCAUCAUCGGCGAGCUGAAGAUAUACUUCUAAUUGUAUAGUACUAGUGAGCCGUAUGUACACCCCGCCAAAUACUUUCAUUGAUCUCAAAAGCCAAGAGCCAAGAGCUAAAAUGCGGAGGGAACCAAGAUCAAACAGCGUCCUUCUCCACAACAAUCCCAACAGACUUAUAAUGUUCUCCUUCUUCGACUACGAGGUUUCAAACGAAAUCGUCGUGGGUUUGGUCAAGCGUUACCUAGUAGACAUAUCUUCUCAAUAUCUUUCCUUUGUUCGACAAUCAGGUUCUUGAUUCCCCAAGCAGGGUUUGACUCUUUCCGUCCUUGCAAACCAUGGUUUUGACCGACGUCAUAUUGUAGACGGGCCUGGCCAUCUGCAAGACAACGGGAGAUUGACACUAGAUUUUUUGUUUGGUAAAAAUUAAUAUAAUUGUUAGUUGCAUGAUAGAAUUUUUUGAUAUAAUCAAGAAAUGACUACAUUUAUCAAAUCUCAACCGACUAGUAUUUCUUCAACAUGUUUUGAUUUGAAAAUUUCUUCUGCCAUUUCAUUUCUGCCAAGUUGUUAAUCUUGUCUUAUCUCCUUCACGAUGAAUGAUCCAGGUCUUGAUGAACCCAUCUCCAACGACGCUGAUGAUGUAGAGAAUCAACAGCGCGAUGAAAGGGAUGAAACUAAGGAAGAUGAGGAAGCUUUCCUUGAGCCAAGUCGUUGGUGGUUUGCUAGUACUGCAUUUCCCCUCGUCGCCGGCACUUUUGGACCGAUGGCAUCGGCCUUCAGUAUUUGCGCAUCAGUCGUACAUUGGAGGGUCUCAAUACCACCCGGUGGAGUGGAGGAGCAUGGAAUAUAUAUCGACGAUCCGAAAUGGUACGCCCUUCGAGAAAUAUUGGGAAGAAGUCGCGUUGACACAUUGGAAUAG